AUGGGAUUCUUCGGUUCGUCAGCACCUGCAGCUUUACAUCCUAUCAAUCCACCAUUGGGACUACACGCCAAUUACUUUGCUCAGCAGCCUACCACUUUGGUAUUGAAGGAGAAAGUAUUCAGCUGGAGUGGGGACGACUUCUCGGUGAAAGACACAAAUGGUCAUACUGUAGUGAGAUGUCAUGGACAAUCAAUGUCAUUCAGGGACCGUAAAGUCAUAAACGAUGCGAAUGGCCAAUUCCUCUUCGGAUUGAGGAACAAGCUCUUGUCAAUCCAUAAAACUUUCGUAGGUGAAACUCAGGAUGAAAGGGAAUUAUUCAGAAUCAGAAAGAGGAUGAGUCUUGGUUCCAAAAUGGAAGCUACGUUCGUCAACCCGGCCACAUCACAAACUAUAACACUAGUCCUCAAAGGUGAUUUCUGGGGUGGAUCAGCCGAUAUCUCAAUAGAAAACGGUCCGGUGGUAGCUCAGAUUUCCAGAGAACUAUUCAAUGCAAGACAGAUAUUUGGUGAUCAACAAACUUACUACGUCACUGUAGCCCCAGGAGUCGAUCUGGCUUUGAUAGCAGCUAUUUGUAUCUGUUUCGACGAAGCUAAGAACGAGGGUAACAACUAA